GCCCAGGGAGGAGGACUAAAGAUGGCGAAGACUUACGACUACCUGUUCAAAUUGCUGCUGAUAGGGGACAGCGGGGUGGGGAAGACCUGUUUGCUUUUCAGAUUCAGCGAGGACGCCUUUAACACCACAUUCAUCUCUACCAUUGGCAUUGACUUCAAGAUUCGCACUAUAGAAUUAGAUGGCAAGAAGAUAAAGCUUCAGAUUUGGGAUACAGCAGGACAGGAGAGAUUUCGUACAAUCACUACAGCAUAUUACAGAGGGGCAAUGGGCAUUAUGUUGGUUUAUGAUAUCACCAAUGAAAAAUCGUUUGAAAACAUAAAGAAUUGGAUAAGAAACAUUGAAGAACAUGCCUCCUCUGAUGUAGAAAGGAUGAUUCUGGGAAAUAAAUGUGACAUGAAUGACAAGCGACAAGUAUCAAGAGAAAAAGGAGAAAAGCUUGCUAUUGAUUAUGGGAUCAAGUUCCUUGAGACCAGUGCAAAGUCCAGCAUCAAUGUGGAGGAGGGUUUUUUUACACUGGCCAGAGACAUCAUGACAAAACUCAACAGAAAAAUGAAUGAAAACGUCUCUCCGGGCGGAGGAGGUCCUGUUAAAAUAACUGAGAAAUCAUCUAAGAAAAGCAGCUUUUUCCGUUGUGUGUUGCUUUGAUGAACUUAAGCACAAGAGAGAGACAGACUGUGGCACACCUGAUCUUUUGGCUCCACGCAUAGCACAGGUGCUGCAAAGGCCUCCUGUUUGCUGAAAGCACCAAAUAUGAUAGCGUUAUCCACAUUGGUUUCUGGAGUGAAAGUUUAUUAGAGACUGGUGCGCUUUAUAUCCCGUCCAUCUGAGACUCAAACAACCAGAAAAAGUAAAAAAUAUUUUCUUGUGUGUCCUAGAAGGAAGUUUCCCUUCAGUAACUUUAAAUUUUGCUUUUUUUUUUUUUUUUUUUUUUUAAACUCUAUACCUCGUUACAAACUAAGCAUUGUUAGUGCAAAAAAAGUAUUACGUCUUUAAGUUCAUUCAUAACCAUGGACUUAACUUUUGGGGGUAAACCUGUGGUUUAUUUUUGUUUUAGAUGGGCAACAGUGGAUGUAUUUCAGUUUGAGAGAAACUAUAAAUUUAAUGUGAUCAUUUGUUGAAAGAUGGACAGUGCAUAGCAGACAUUGGUAUUAACUUAUUGUUAAAAAUAUGGAGAACACAAAAUCAGGGGCUACUUAGUAGGGAGUGUAUCUUGGAAUACUUUGUGGCUGUCUACAGACGGAGAGAGCAUUAUUCUUCACAAUCAUGUAUCAGGAAGAUAUGUUUAAAUAGUGUUUAAACACGAAAACACGAUAUUAGAAUUUAAGUUAUGUUGGUAUGCCAAUAAGUGAAUUCCGCUUCACUCUGGGGGACUAGUGGCCCUCCGGGGCUGCAAGAACAAGGGCUCCUUCUGACUGGCACAUAUCUCACCCCCAGUACACAUGUAUGUGUGUGCCGCAUCAUGUACCUUUUGCCCCCAGGCAGUGGAGCAGGAUUGGGUCGGCUGGGUUUUUCCAGUGUCUUGCUGGCCCAGUCUGACUCUGAGUAAACUAACUGAAUCUAUCUGUAUGCUAGAAUCUGAUCUAUAAAUAUAGCUGCAGUGCAAUUCAUCCAAAAAGAAGAAUAAGCAGUUUUUUUGUUUGGUGUUUACACAUACAAAGUAUUUUCCUGUGUUGGCGAGCUGUUCAUUUGCUAAGGAAGAUGGGCUAUAACAAUGAACCUUUGUUUUUUCUGAAGUCAGGAAAUUGUGUUUCUGUACUUGCACAAUUUAUGACCCUACUCCAAGCAGCAACCCUAUACUGUGGAUCUCACUGCAAUAUGAAUAUUUUAAGUAAAAUAGAGCGUAGCAUUAUCAGGACAAUUUAGAAAAUAUUUUUAUUGUUGGAAAUGGAAUGGUUUCUCAUGAGACUACAGUCAAACCCUGAUUUUGUUUUUUCUGAAAAAAACUUAAAAUUCAGGAAAUUUUAGAAUGGGGUAUGUUAAAUCAGGGGUUUCCUGUAAAAAAUGUAAAUAUUGUAAAAAAGAAAGAAACUGGUGGAAAACGAACCCUGACGGGAUAAACUGGGGUUUUUAAUGACAAUGGGGCACAAUUAUGAUGUAAAAUGUUGGAAAACCAACUUUAAAUCUGGGAAAUGCUCCCAUUGAAACACAUUUCAACACAUAGGGACUGUAAAAAAAAAAAAAAAA